GCGGGCGCUGUAUCCCGUGUCACAAAAGCACCUUUCUACACAACAGGGGUACAGAGAAUGGGCCACAGCACAGUGGUUCUCCUUGGGUCGGCUCCAGCCCGCCGUAGUUGGAUUUCAGACCUCCCCCUGUGCUUCCAGCAAACACCCUCAUUGGUGGGGAUGUUCUUUUGCCCAAGCCUGGCAGAGAUAUCAGAGAGACCUGGAGCUCCUGGUGCUGCCUCCAAACCGCUAGAGAGGAUAAAUGACCUACCACUUAUGCAUAACUGGAUCCCAGUCAACCAUGAGGAUUAUCUCCUGUCAGUCUACCCUUGUGGCUGUAGUUGUGGUUACACUCACUGUGGUGUCCUGCGCUGAAGCUAAGACUACACAGAAGCCAAAGUACCAGUACACCAAGAAACCCGUCCCUCAGAUCACCGUGCACAGCCCUGUGACCACCAGCAUGCCCAAGACUCUCAAGAUAGUGCCGAGCGCAAAUCCCGUGGAUCCCCAUCCGCUGCCCACCACAGAGAUGACCACCUAUCCAAAUCAGGUCCCUCCACAGUACUACACAGACACCACCGAGCCCCCUGGUGCUGGCCCUGAGAAUUACACUCUAGAUUACAACGAGUGCUAUUUCAACUUCUGCGAGUGUUGUCCACCUGAGAGAGGCCCCAGGGGGCCAAAGGGAGACAGAGGCAUGGCAGGGCCACCUGGUGAAAGAGGCCUUACAGGAGCAGCUGGUUUACCUGGACCACCGGGAGUGAGUGGUCCUAUGGGGUUAAGAGGAGACAGAGGGGAUAGAGGUGACAGAGGAAGCAGUGGGCCAGGUGGGCCACCAGGAGCCCCAGGGAAACCAGGACAAAAAGGUGAUGUUGGCUCAAAAGGUGAGAAAGGUGAGAUAGGGUCGCAAGGUGUCAAAGGUGAUAGUGGGGUGAAAGGGGAACCUGGCCAGAAUGGGACUGCUGGUGAGAAAGGAGAACCGGGAAAAGAAGGGCCAGCUGGACCUCCAGGAGUGGCUGUUGAGAUAGGUCCUAAAGGAGACAAGGGGGAUAAGGGGGAGUGUGGCACAUUCGGGGAAAGAGGACAGAAAGGUGAGCGAGGGGACACCGGGUCCCCUGGCAUUCCAGGAGCGAUGGGCAUUCCAGGAAUGAAUGGCAAGCAUGGUGCCCCAGGUCCUGUAGGCCUCCGAGGGGAUCAGGGACCUGCUGGACCACCAGGAGAACCAGGGUUUACAGGACCUCAGGGACCACAAGGCAUAAGAGGAAUGCUUGGGCCAAAAGGGGACAGAGGUUACCCUGGGAUGAGAGGUGAGCGGGGCAUUCGUGGAUUCAAAGGAGCUAAGGGAUCAGGGGUUCCCCAGAAACGCUCAGCCUUCAGUGUAGGUAUCUCUCCAAGAAAGUCCUUCCCACCCUCUGGCUUCCCAAUCCGCUUUGACAAAGUUUUCUACAAUGAAGAGAACCACUUUAAUGUCACUUCCAGUAGCUUUACAUGCAUCCACGCCGGGGUUUAUGUCUUCUCCUACCACAUCACCGUACGCAAUCAGCCACUGCGAGCCACGCUGGUAGUGAACGGGUCACGACGGGUAAGGACGCGGGACUCUCUGUACGGUCAAGACAUCGACCAGGCGUCCACUCUGGUGGUGCUGCAGCUGGCAGUGGGUGAUCAGGUGUGGAUGGAGACGUUCAGAGACUGGAAUGGGGUGUAUGCCAGCAAUGAGGAUGACAGCAUCUUCUCUGGAUUCCUGCUUUACUCAGACACGGUCUGACUCUCUACUGAAAAAAUGUUUCCUCUACUGGACUGUUCCAUUCCUGAAAAGGACAAAUACUGGUGGUGCUACACUACACUCAUUACUUAU